CCAGUAGGUAGGCCAAACUCCUAUUGCGACAACGUUUGCAAUUGUGGAAGAAGAACCUAGUUAUUUCGCCAGGUUGGAAAUAACCAUUCCAUAUUUGCACCGGUGAAUAAAUACUGGGCAGAAGGGUGAAAACGACCUGCUGGAAUUGAGUUGAUCAUUAGUAUUAUUUUGCGCGAAAGUGUGUAAGGAAACACGGCCUUACGAAGUGCCACAUCGUUUUGUAGAUACUAGCACAAUAACAACCAUAGUCCGUAAAGUAUCUGCUUUCACCGGAGGCCAAAGCUGUAAAAACAUGACGGAGUUACCGAGAUUAUCCCGGGCUAUGCGAGCCAACACUGACCUGGAUGUACAACGAAAUCUUUCCCUUGAUACCAAGGAACGAGCCACCAUACAGCUGUUCCGCAAGAAGGAAGUUACUAGUGGUGUUUCGUGGAAGGAAUUAAAACUGUUCAUCAAUAGUUAUGUGGAUGCAAAAAUGACUGGCGUUCUAUCAAAACAGCUACGGGACCUAUGGGAAAUGAGCCGAGAAAUGGUAGGCUCGGAAGAAAACGCCGAAUUGAUCGACGAAGCGGCUAUACUUGUGCUGCGGUUAUUUCUAGAUCAAAAAGUCGUCAUGAUGAAGCAUUUGUCUAAGCUGAAGAAAAUGUUUGGACAGGUACCAAAUGCUCUAAUCAACAAAAUGUGUACGUUGGUCUAUGAUAUAAGUAGUAACUUGAACCCCGAAUGUAGGAAAUAUCUCGAAGAGCAAGAGAUAGGCGAAAAUGGCCAUGUCCAAGAAGGUUGGGGCGAUGCUAUCGAAUGCAAACUGUCGCUGGAUCGAAAGACACACGACCACAGCAAACUGAUGGAUCUUUCUCCUGCGAAUCCGUUGGAUAGUCAGGUGGCGCAAAGUUUUACGAUGAACUACGAGGCUAUUCAGAUGUCUUCCGAGCCGGUAGCGGGAUGUUCCCGUGUCUCAGUUGCUAAACAACAACCGGAAAAGUAUACGCGAAGUUGGCUGGCCCAGCAAGUUCCACCGGACUUGGUGGACAAUCUAAUGGAAUUGCUUAAGUCGGCUAAAACGAAUGACGAGCUGCAAAUGGAUUUGUUCGACUUUCUUGGAGUGGAAUAUUUGGACGUGAUACCGGAAAUGCUACAGAACCGUAAGCAUCUUAUCGAGUCCGUGAAAGCGCUGAAGCAAAUUAAAGUGAUGAAAAAGAUACAACAGAACAUGGAAGCUAUGCAACACGCCCCGUCCUAUCUGAUGCCGGUGACGAUACAAACGGAAUCGCAGAAGCAAAUGCGCAAGCAGGUUAAUAAGGAGCAGAAAAAGCUGAAAAAGUUUCUUAACGAGACGGCAGUCGACAAGAAGGGCGACUGUGUGGAGAUCGAUCCAAAACAACUGCGCAUGAAUUAUCAGAAGAGUUUGAUGCUCGCAGCACAGAUGCCUCAAAUGCUGUUGGAAAAGAUCAAAGCUAAGGGCGUUCUGCCAAUUUCGAAACCAGCCGUUAAACCGGUGAAGUAUCCGAACGUGUACGAUUCGUACAGCGAAGCUCGCAGUCACGUUGGAUUCAUCGCGGGCAACAAGAUUGUCCUGCCAGAGAACGUGGAACGGACGGAUAACAAGCUGUUCGAAGAGGUUAAGAUUCCUGCCACCGAUCCGCCGCCUUUGUCAAUUGGUAGCGAAAGGAUCAAAAUAAGCUGUUUGGAUGAAAUUGGACAGAUCGCAUUCAAGGGAUGCGAAGAGUUGAAUCGGAUUCAAAGUGUCGUGUACCCGGCGGCCUAUAAUAGCAACGAAAAUUUGCUUGUGUGCGCCCCUACUGGAGCGGGAAAGACUAAUGUAGCCAUGUUGACGAUCGUGUACACGAUCAGGCAAUUCGUUGAUCAAGGUGUUAUUCACCGCGAUCAGUUCAAAAUCGUGUAUGUGGCACCGAUGAAGGCACUGGCGGCAGAAAUGACUUCAAACUUCGGGCGACGGUUGCAACCUUUAGGCAUUUCUGUGCGAGAACUCACCGGAGACAUGCAGCUAACCAAGACGGAGCUACAGCAGACGCAAAUGAUCGUUACUACGCCCGAAAAAUGGGAUGUUGUUACACGCAAAGGUGCCGGCGACGUAGCAUUCAUCAGUUUGGUGAAACUGCUCAUCAUCGACGAGGUGCAUCUGUUGCACGGCGAGCGUGGACCUGUGGUGGAGGCGCUCGUGGCUAGAACGCUUCGGUUAGUGGAAUCUUCCCAAAGCAUGAUACGAAUCGUCGGUUUGUCGGCCACACUUCCCAACUACAUUGACGUGGCACGGUUUUUACGUGUAAAUCCAAUGAUUGGAUUGUUUUUCUUCGAUUCCCGCUUCCGACCAGUUCCGCUAAGCACAAACUUUAUAGGCGUGAAAGCGCUGAAUGCGCUAAAGCAGCUUUCGGACAUGGAUUUGAUUUGUUACGAGCGUUGCAUCGAUAUGGUACGCCAGGGUCACCAAGUGAUGGUUUUUGUGCAUGCACGCAACGCCACAGUGCGUACGGCCACAUUGAUCAAGGAUCUUGCUCAGCAACGGGGGCACAUUAACCUGCUCAUACCGGAUAGUAAUCCCGAGUACGGAAGCGCACUUAAAACGGUAUCGAAGAGUCGCAACAAACAGCUGGUAGAACUGUUUCAAAACGGGUUGGCGAUGCAUCAUGCUGGUAUGCUGCGGCAAGAUAGGAAUUUGGUCGAGAAAUACUUUGCUGACGGGAUGAUUAAGGUGUUAGUGUGUACGGCGACACUUGCUUGGGGAGUAAACCUACCGGCGCAUGCGGUCAUCAUCAAGGGAACGGAAAUCUACGACUCCAAGCACGGUACGUUCGUGGAUCUGGGUAUAUUGGAUGUGCUGCAGAUAUUCGGUCGAGCUGGACGUCCACAGUACGACAAGAGCGGCGUUGGUACGAUCAUCACCACGCACGACAAGCUGAACCACUACCUUUCGCUGCUGACCAAUCAGUUCCCGAUCGAGUCGAACUUUAUCCAGUGUUUGGUGGAUAAUCUGAAUGCCGAGGUGACAUUAGGAACAAUUAGCAACGUAGACGAAGCAAUCGUUUGGCUGAGCUACACGUAUUUAUUCGUGCGUAUGCGAAUGAAUCCGCAGUGCUACGGAUUGAACUACGACGAACUGCGCGAAGAUCCAUCGCUUGAACAUAAACGCCGGCAGCUGAUCCAUACAGCAGCGAUGGCGCUAGACAAGGCGCGUAUGGUGCGGUACAAUGAUCGUACUGGUGAUCUGAAUGUAACGGAUCUUGGUCGGACCGCGUCUCAUUUCUACAUCAAGUACGACACGGUGGAAGUGUUCAAUGAAAUGUUGAAACCGAUCAUGACCGACGCGGACAUUUUGCAGAUGAUGGCAAACGCGCACGAAUUCCAGCAGCUAAAGGUGCGAGACGACGAGAUGGAUGAACUGGACGAUCUGACACACGUUUGCUGUGAAGUCCCAGUCCGUGGUGGUAGUGAAAAUAUCCACGGUAAAGUGAACAUCCUCAUGCAGACGUACCUGUCCAAGGGUAUGGUGCGUUCGUUCUCGCUGAUGUCUGACAUGUCGUACAUUACGCAGAACACGAUACGAAUCGCUCGGGCACUUUUCACGAUGGUUUUGCGAGCCAACAAUCCCAUCCUCGCCGGACGGAUGCUAAACGUGAGCAAGAUGUUCGAGAAGCAAAUGUGGGAAUCGCAAACACCGAUGUAUCAGUUCAAUAUACUCCCGUUGGACGUGGUAGACAAGAUAGAGAAGCGUGGCCUAAGUGUACUCGCGCUCCGGGACAUGGAGGAAAAGGAGAUAGGAGACUUUUUGCGGAAUCAUCGCUAUGCGAAGAGCGUUAAACGAUGUGCGGAAGAGUUUCCCAUGCUUGAAAUAGAGGCCACGCUUCAGCCGAUCACCAGAACAGUGCUGCGUAUUAGGGUUUUUAUACGGGCUUCAUUCCGGUGGAACGAUCGUGUGCACGGAAAGACGGCAGAAUCGUUCUGGAUAUGGAUAGAGGACCCGGAAAGCAACUAUAUCUAUCAUUCGGAGUAUUUCCAGAUUACGAAACGGCAAACCAUGCGGCAGGAGGAUCAGGAACUGAUUAUGACCAUCCCCUUGAAAGAUCCCUUGCCUCCCCAGUACUAUAUACGGGUUGCCAGUGACACGUGGCUAGGUAGUAACAAUCUGGUACCACUUUCCUUCAAGCACCUCAUCCUACCGGAAGUACAUCCGCCGCAUACGGAGCUCUUGCCCCUGCAACCGCUGCCUGUGACGGUGUUAAAUAAUCGAAAGUAUGAAUCAUUGUACAGCUUCACCCACUACAAUCCCAUUCAAACGCAGAUCUUCCACUGUCUUUACCACACGGACAACAACGUACUGCUCGGAGCACCGACCGGAUCGGGUAAAACAAUCGCUGCCGAAAUGGCAAUGUUCCGCGUGUUUCGGUUGCUUCCCACUGGCAAGGUAGUUUACAUCGCACCACUGAAGGCGCUAGUAAAGGAACGAAUGGAUGAUUGGAAAGUGCGGAUCGAACAAAAGUUGGGCAAAAAGGUGGUAGAACUGACCGGGGAUGUUACACCGGACGUACGAGCGAUUAAGGAAUCGACGGUAAUCAUUACCACGCCAGAAAAAUGGGAUGGUAUUAGUCGAUCGUGGCAAACGCGUGAUUAUGUGCGUGACGUUGCGCUGAUCGUGAUUGACGAAAUUCAUCUUUUGGGCGAAGAUCGUGGUCCAGUGCUGGAGGUGAUCGUGUCCCGAAUGAACUUCAUUUCAUCGCACACGGAACAAACGGUUCGGAUCGUUGGACUUUCCACAGCUCUAGCAAACGCACGAGAUCUGGCAAACUGGCUCGGAAUCGAUACGAUGGGAUUGUAUAACUUUAAACCGUCCGUCCGACCGGUACCACUGUCGGUACACAUACAGGGAUUCCCGGGAAGGCAUUACUGCCCGCGUAUGGCCACCAUGAAUCGGCCAGCUUUUCAGGCCAUCCGGCAAUAUUCACCAUGCACUCCGGUGCUUAUAUUUGUGGCGUCUCGCAGACAAACUCGUCUUACGGCGCUAGAUUUGAUCACGUUUCUUGCAAGUGAAGACAAUUCCAAACAGUUCCUACACACGUCUGAAGAAGAAAUGGAGCAAAUUCUGCAAAACGUUCGCGACAGUAACCUUCGGCUAACGUUAGCGUUUGGUAUCGGGAUGCAUCAUGCUGGAUUACACGAGCGCGACCGGAAGACGGCUGAGGAGCUGUUUUUGAACAGAAAAAUUCAGAUCCUUAUUGCAACGGCCACAUUAGCGUGGGGCGUCAACCUUCCCGCCCAUUUAGUGAUCAUCAAAGGAACGGAGUUUUAUGAUGGCAAACUGAAACGAUACGUAGAUAUGCCGAUCACAGACGUCCUGCAGAUGAUGGGCCGUGCAGGACGACCGCAAUUCGGCAACGAGGGUAUUGCCUGCGUGUACGUGCAGGACACGAGAAAAAACUUUUACAAAAAGUUCCUGUACGAUCCAUUUCCGGUAGAAUCCAGCCUACUUACCGUGCUGCCGGAUCACAUCAACGCGGAAAUAGUGGCGGGAACAUUACGAACGAAACAAAGCAUCUUGGAUUAUCUUACCUGGACGUACUUUUAUCGCCGAUUGCUACGCAAUCCCACCUACUACGGGUUGGAAACUACGGAAAUGGACAAUGUAAAUUACUUCCUUUCGGAGCUAAUCGAAACCGUGCUCGAUAAGCUUAUUCGGGCCGGAUGUGUGAUUGUGGAGGAAGAUAACAGAUCACUCAUUGCCACAUCUAUGGGGCGCAUAUCUUCCUACUACUAUCUAUCGCACAUCACCAUGCGUCACUUUGCUGAUACGCUCCGGUACGAUAUGAGCAUGGAAGAGCUGCUACGAGCGAUGGCAGACGCAGCGGAAUUCGAAGAACAUCCUGUUCGCCAUAAUGAAGAUUUGUAUAAUGCUGACUUAGCGAAACUAUGUCCACUGAAGGUGGAUCCGCUAUCUGUCGACAAUCCGCACACCAAGGUAUUCCUGCUCUUACAGGCUCACUUAUCGCGGCUUCCCUUACCAAAUUCCGAUUACGGUACGGACACAAAAUCGGUGCUCGAUCAAUCAAUACGUAUUCUUCAGGCCAUGAUCGAUAUCAGCGCGGAAAGUGGUUGGCUUGCAACAACGCUGCGAAUACAACUGCUGAUGCAGUGCAUAAUCCAGGCACGCUGGCUAGACGAUCCUAUCGUUAUGACGCUCCCGAACGUAGAAGCGCAUAAUGCGGAUAUCUUCAAUCAGAUAAAAACAGACUUACCAUUCCUUACGCUUCCGGGGUUGAAAGAAAAAUGUCACCGGAAAUACGAAAUCCUAGCUGCAACGCUACGGCAGGAGUUUGACGAACCGGAAAUUGAGCAGAUUUACAAGGUGAUAAGUGAGCUGCCCUUACUGAAUGUUCAGAUAUCGAUGCGCGGACCGUACGGCAAGGAGGGUGAUGUGAGCCGGCCCGUUCAGCAACCUACGACCCGCGAUCAAUGGAUGGAACUGUAUGCCGAUCAAGAGUACGUGGUUUGCGUGCAGCUCAUAAGACUGGGAUCGUUUGAAACGCUCCACAUCAAUUGUCCCAAGUUCCCGAAGGGUAAAGAUGAGGGAUGGUUCCUAACGUUGGGUCAUCAAGCGGAUGGAGAACUGGUAGCCCUGAAACGAUGCGUGUACCGCAGCAAUCGUAGCACUCAUCAAUUGUGCUUUUAUGCCCCCUCGCGUGUUGGACGUUGUAUAUACACAGUGUACCUGCUUUCCGAUGGCUACUUAGGACUAGAUCAACAGUACAACAUACAGUUCGAAGUGGUACCUCCUCCGGCACGUGAAAAAGAUGGAAUGCAACAAGUGUUUGGUAAAGAUGAAGGAUUCUGGUAAACGGAAAGGUAUACCACCCCAAAGCAGUGAUCUUAACCGAUAUGAACGGAUCAAUACAGAAAUGCGAAUAAUA